AUGAUGCAACAACCAAUAAGCUUGGUAUUAGUGCCACUAAUCUUGUUUGUUCUUGUUGGUUUUUGCAACCUCAGGGCUGGUCACUCGUCUGAUCGUUUACCUGAUCCACUUUGCGUGGUAGAGCAAAUUCCAUUUAAGGUUAACAAAGAUGAGCCAUCCAUGGCUCUAUCACAUGCAAGAGUAGACUGGAAAGAGACACCAGAGGGGCAUGUUAUAAAGCUGGAUGUGCCAGGGUUGAAGAAAGAUGAGAUUAAGCUAGAAGUGGAGGGGAACAGGAUGCUGAGGGUGAGUGGAGAAAGGAAGAAAGAUGAGGAGAAGAAAGGAGAUCACUGGCACAGAGUGGAGAGAUCCUAUGGCAAAUUCUGGAGGCAGUUGAGGGUGCCAGACGAUGUAGAUUUGGAUUCUGUCAAGGCUAAGCUGGAGAAUGGAGUGCUGACUUUGACGAUGAACAAGUUGUCAUCUGAUAAUAUCAAAGGUCCAAGGGUGGUGAGCAUUGCAGGGAACAAUGAGCCAGCCAAGCUCAAGGGUAAUAAGGCCAAGCAGGAGCUUUGAAUUAUUGAUGAAUGAUCAUCUCUUAUUCCUUGUGACUAAAUGAUCAGAAAUAAAUUGUUUUAAGU